AUGGUUCAAGCUGAAUCUUCUUCAAGCGCCGCCCGGAAUGGAGCCAGAGCCUCGACUGCAGGCGCUCCUGCAAACUACGAGCUUCCUUGGGUCGAGAAGUACCGCCCCGUUUUCCUAGAUGACGUUGUCGGCAACACCGAAACAAUUGAACGAUUAAAGAUCAUCGCCAAGGAUGGAAAUAUGCCUCACGUUAUCAUUUCUGGCAUGCCGGGAAUCGGAAAGACGACCUCCGUGCUAUGCUUAGCUCGACAAUUGCUGGGAGAUUCAUAUAAAGAGGCGGUGUUGGAGCUGAACGCAAGUGACGAGCGAGGUAUCGACGUGGUGCGCAACCGGAUCAAGGGCUUUGCUCAGAAGAAGGUCACUUUGCCCCCAGGCCGUCACAAGCUGGUUAUCCUCGACGAAGCGGACAGCAUGACCCCUGGUGCUCAGCAAGCACUCCGACGUACGAUGGAGAUUUACUCUACUACAACUCGAUUCGCUUUCGCCUGCAACCAAUCGAACAAGAUUAUCGAACCCUUGCAGUCUCGUUGUGCCAUUCUCCGUUAUGCCCGAUUGACCGAUGCCCAAGUUGUCAAACGACUGAUGCAGAUCUGUGAGGCGGAGAAGGUUCAGCACUCCGAGGAUGGCAUUGCCGCUUUGGUAUUCAGCGCCGAAGGUGAUAUGCGUCAAGCGAUCAACAACGUGCAAAGUACGUGGUCUGGUUUCGGCUUCGUGAGCGGAGACAAUGUAUUCCGUGUCGUCGAUAGUCCUCACCCGGUCAAGGUCCAGGCCAUGAUCAAGGCCUGCUGGGAAGGCAAUGUGGACGCUGCCCUGGAAGGCCUGAAAGAAUUAUGGACACUGGGCUAUUCUUCUCAUGACAUUAUUAGCACCAUGUUCCGGGUCACCAAAACUAUUCCUACCCUCUCAGAGCAUUCAAAGUUGGAAUUUAUUCGCGAGAUUGGCUUUACACACAUGCGCAUCCUGGACGGAGUGCAGUCGUUGUUGCAGCUGAGCGGUUGCAUCUCCAAGCUCUGCAAGAUUAACAUGAAGCCUGAGCUCUUCGAACUCCCAAAGGCGUGA